AGAAAAAACUAGAAAUACAUUUUCAACUUCAACUACUUGAAACCGAACGAAGAUUUAACGUGUAGAAGUAAGCACAGCGUCUUACGUACAUUUGUAGUUGUUUCACAAACUGGUCAAGACUAGAUAGCUAUUGAAGUAGAUUGCCAUUGACUUUUGAUAGAACAACCAAAAAAUUGAUAGACGUCAAAAAAAAUGAGGUCUUUUUUUGGGUCGUCUGUAGUUCUUCUUGGCAUGUCGGCUUGGACCGGCAUGCAACAUCAUGUUGUGAUAGCAGCAUCGCAUGCAGCUUCGGCUUCUUCGUCGAAUCAUCUUCGUCGUCGCGGUGGUCAGCAACCAGGAGCAGAGCAACAAGAGGCAACUCCAACAAAUCCGAUGGACACGAGUGGCUCCACGACUCGGACUCCGCCAGUUUUGACAAGGGGCGCCACGAAUUCAACAGGGGCUCCCGAACAACAGCGGAUGACGGAGGAGCACGAGCUGGCAUUACUCCCUGGGCAACAACAAGAUGAACAGUACUAUGGCUCUCAAGUAUAGUAAUUGCGGUAAUUUCUUUUUUCUUCAAAUUAAGUCUGAACAUGCGUCGAUCCUCUGAUCUCCUGCGUUCCUUUAGAAAAUUCUAAUCCUUCGAGUAUCUUCAUUCUGGAAGGAAUGAGAGAUAAGCGAUGCUCAUUCCUUGCCUAAUGGACUAUUAUAGUAGAUACAAAUUAUACAUAGGGUAGUUUAGGUAAGUCAGUGAAAUAAGUACAAGUAAGUCAGUGAAAAUAGAGAAGUAACAGUAUUACGUAAAUGAAUCGGCAAAAUAAAAGUGGAAACCGAAGAUGGCUCAUGUUCUAACGCGAUAUGGGAGAACCGACUGGAGACGUCGGAACGAGGGAUGAAGAAGAAUCCCAGGCGAAGACAAGACCAAGCGCCCCUUUUUUAGGGAAAGAGCGUAGCAAGGAAGAAAAGGAAGCCGGAAUUGCCACUUAUCCAGAGAGUUUUGUUCGUGCAUGUGGCACAGAAGAAGGAACAAGUUGUAACCCGCUCUGCACUGGCGUCGGAUCUUUCUGUGAAGGUGGGUGCGUGGCUCUCCUGGCCGCUCAGGAAGGCUGUCGGGUGUGCUGCGAGCUCUUUGGGGGAUGGCUCGACCCAUCUUCAACGGCAGCAAACCCAAAGGAGAUGCCUCGACUGGGUCCCUUUUGCAUGGACCAGAUUGCCAAUUGGAAAGCCUUGUAUAACAGUGCUGCUAUUAAGGCUUUCUUCCCAAAUAAUUUUAAUUGCUCUUAUUUGUAUGGGGAUGAAGGUCUAUGUCUAAUGCUAUCGAAUGGGGAUUGAAUAAAUCGAAUGGGGAUGAAGGUCUAAAUGUCUAAUGCGGUGCUUUGUAAGUAGGUUUUAACAAGGGGAAAAGGAAAUACAAACAUGGUCAAGAAAGAUGCGAGAUGUCUUCACUUACUUGGGGAUGAAGGUCUAUGUCUCUGUCUGUCAUCCAAUGGCCAAUGGGACACGACAGAUAGCAUUAGACAAAGACCUUCAUCCCCAUUCGACUUAUUUGGGGAUGAAGGCCAAAUCGAAUGGGGAUGAAGGUCUAUGUCUAAUGCUAUCUGUCGUGCACCUCAUGACGAAAUGGAACGCUGGAAGAAGGAGAAGUUUUUUGGAAACGACGUUCAAAAAAUGCUUCCAUUCAUGACAUCAGAGGCAAUUCAGCGUCGUCAUACGUGUGCCGCGUGCGCACAAGCUUCUUUUAAGGGUAGUAGGCAAUCACUAUCUCAUAAGAAAUGAUAUGGACAACUGACUCUCCUGAGUGAGUUCCCCUCUUGAGGAGCGAGAGGGACGAACUUAAUACGGGGAACAACUUCUACGGAGGUUCCCUUAAUACGGGGAGGCACUCUAUUCAAGUUCAAGCACGGAUAGUGAUUGACCGUGGCUUUAAUUCGUGCGCAGCUGAGACGUGUGCUUGUGCUGGAGCACAGUGCGGCACCAGUUGGUUGUGCUCGACUUUGCUAGGGCAUUACAUAUCGAACGAGAUCACAGAAGCUUGUGGCAAACAGCUAUUUCUUGUUGGCUGCUGCGGAGAAUUGGUAACGUCGUGCUUAUUUUCUCCUCCGUGCGUACUCGCUCUUGGUGUAACAUAUUGCCGCGCCAUUUGCUGUCCACCACACUUAUGAAGAACAUCUUCCUAUAAUUAUGAACUGCUAACAAACUAAUGGUUGUUCCUUAUGAAGAACAUCUUCCUAUCAUGUCAAGGUCGUGUCCCUCCUCUACUUGAUCAUCAGAAACAUAGUACAUGAUCGCCAUCGUCUUGAAAGCGAUUGUGAUCAAACAAAAGUUUGAAGGUGAGACCGUUCUAAUAAAGGAAAAUUGGGCUACGUCCCGUCUUGAACCGGAGUUCUCCAUGUGGAAAGAGGAGAUGCCUGGAAGACCGCACCAAAUCCACGAUGGUUACGGCUCAGUGACCGCCACCUGCUGCGAUCACGGGCUGGAUUGUCUUUUUUUAUGUCAAGUACCUACAGGAAAACUUCAGCUCGAAUGAAAAUUGCGCCGGGUAGUACUACCGUAGAGGCUCCUUCGGCUUGAGUGGACAGUUGUAUAAGACACCAACAACAAAAAUAGACAUCAGGGAUGAAGAGACCCCAUGACUACAUGAUGACGCUCGAAAGGACUUUUUAUUCUUCGGAGGUCCUCUCCAAGUGCAACUUCUUCGCGUUCUUCUACUUUUUUCAGAGAGAUCAGCGAUACAACAACAAAGCGUUAUAAAAAGUGAGCGGGUCAAUCAUCUCGGUUCCAACAAUAUUGCGCGAAUAUUCUACUUUGUCUUCAUGCGAGUACUUAUAUAUUCUAUUUCAUCUAAUGUGCUGUAAAAGCCUGAGCGCGCAGAAAGACUCCAUCUCGAUGGAGGACAUUGACAAACCAUGGAUUCAGGAGCACUACGCUGCGUUACACCAACGACAUGCCGCAGACGCGCAUCACGCUUUCCGUGUACCGGGAAUAUUAAGAAAGCUGCCAGUUGUUCUUGAUGAGAUGAAAACUCAGUAGUUGUAUGAAACCAAAAUCUGUUAUCAUUAUCGUACUUUUCUACUUCAGAGUUCAGAAACUUGAUAAUGAUAACAGAUUUUCUUUUCAUAAGUUGAUGAGAUGAAAAUUCAGUCAGAAUUCUUUCUUUUUUACUGCUGCAGCUGUGUUGAUGUUGUAAACUGUUGUAACUACUCAGCAGGGUACUAUGAAGAAGAUCACAACUACAACUUGAGUAGACUAGAAACAAUAUGCAAGAGCAGUUUUUUUCUUAAUGUGAACAAGUAGGUACAACUACAAAAACCUAGUACUUAAUAUAGAACUAAUUAUAGGAUUUGGAGGAUCCAUAGCCCUAUGAUCUAAGAGGCGGUGAAAAUCUGACGCUAGAGCAGCUGCAAGCGGUAGCGCCAGAGGGAGUCUCACUUGAGCGUUUAUUCGACCUGAGUGGAGGAGAGGAUCACUCUUCUAUGCUUGGUGACUUGCUGACGCGGCAUCUCGGAGAAAAUGCACCUACCUGCUGUUUUAUUCUGGGACGACCCAGUAUUGAGCAGGCAAAGGAGUAUCAAGGCGCUGCCAGGGAGAAGAUGCUGAAGGACUUGGCGGAGAGGAGAGAAAGAACAAGGUUACGUUGUCGGGUCGUGCAGAACCACUGACUAGAAUUCAUCAUACAUCAUGCCAUAUUUUUUUAUAAAAAAUCGAAAUGUUCUUCUAAUUCUUCGGGGUGUGGAAGAGCAGCGGGCACGGGCACGACCCGAGGACGCUGCGCAGGAGCAAAGAGGUGCUGGCGCACCUCUACUCGCACUGCGAAACGGCGCGAAUUAGCGUUGAUGAAGUAGAUGCUCCAACUUGACUGAAGGUGACAUUUAAAUUCCAAAAGGCAGUGUUGCAGAAGGAGGCAGUCCUUUUUUUUUUUGGAUGGUGAUGCUGGGCAGUCUCACGCUUGAUGAUGGUGAUGCGGGGAGGCAGUCUUUAAUGAUGGUGAUGAGUGUUUCACCAGAAGGAAGUCUUUUUGAUUGAUCCUGGGCAUGCUGGGUACUACGAAAUAUCAUGACUACAUUUCUAUUCGACAAGAAAGCGUAGAAGUCACUUUCUAUCAUCGACGACAGAAGAGGAGGACAACUAUAAUUGAACUUCUAUAAUAAAUAUGUCGAAGAUUCCAUAGAGAAGCUAUGGAGGGUAUUAAGAAGUUACAAGCUAAGACAACUAUGAGUUUUCCGCAGUCAUGGGUUCGUGGGAUUAGAAAUUCACUGACAAAUCUAGAGAAGAAUGAAGCCGCAAGCUGCGUCGAGACAAGAAAUAUGACUCACAAGCCCAAUAUGCACAAUGGUUUGCUUCGUGAUUUGAUGGCUAUAUGAUCUGCUCCGAGGGGUGCACUGCGUAGUUUGCUUGAAAAUGAAUUUGAAGGAUCGGC